AUGGCAGCUCCCGUAAUGACGGUCUCCGAGACCAAGGAGCUCCGGGGGCUCAGCCUAAUCGCAGCUCAUUCUCACAUCCGAGGACUAGGUGUCGAUACCGAUACUUUGGAGCCACGAGCUUCAUCGCAAGGCCUUGUAGGCCAGGCCAAAGCGCGCAAGGCCGCCGCCGUCGUGCUCGAGAUGAUCAAGCAGGGCAAGAUUGCCGGACGCGCCGUCCUCAUCGCCGGCCCACCAAGCACGGGCAAGACAGCCAUUGCCAUGGGAAUGGCUCAGUCCCUGGGUUCCGACGUACCUUUUACAACACUUGCCUCCUCUGAGAUCUUCUCGCUCGAGAUGUCCAAGACCGAGGCCCUGACGCAGGCCUUCCGCAAGUCUAUAGGAGUACGCAUCAAAGAGGAGAGUGAGAUAAUGGAGGGUGAAGUGGUGGAGAUUCAGAUUGAUAGGAGUGUCACAGGAGGUGCCAAACAGGGGAAACUCACCAUCAAGACGACGGACAUGGAAGCCAUUUAUGACAUGGGUAGCAAGAUGAUUGAUGCCAUGACCAAGGAGCGCGUCAUGGCGGGCGACAUCAUCUCAAUCGACAAGUCAUCUGGCAAGAUCACCAAACUUGGUCGCUCAUACGCCAGGUCACGAGACUACGACGCCAUGGGCGUUGAUACCAAAUUCCUGCAGUGCCCAGAUGGUGAGCUGCAAAAGCGGAAGGAGGUUGUUCACACUGUUACGCUGCAUGAGAUUGAUGUGAUAAAUUCAAGGACACAAGGAUUUCUUGCGCUGUUCUCGGGUGACACUGGCGAAAUCAGGAGUGAGAUUCGUGACCAGAUCAACACCAAAGUCGCCGAGUGGAAGGAGGAGGGCAAGGCUGAGAUUGUACCUGGUGUCCUCUUCAUCGACGAGGUGCACAUGCUCGACAUUGAGUGUUUCUCGUACAUCAACCGUGCUCUCGAGGCUGAACUGGCUCCCAUUGUUAUCAUGGCGAGCAACAGGGGUCUGUCACGCAUCCGAGGCACGGAUUACAAAAGCCCGCAUGGCCUUCCCCUCGACUUUCUGGACCGCACACAGAUCAUCGCAACGCAGCCAUACACACCGGAGGAUAUCAAUAAGAUUCUGGGCAUCAGGGCUACAGAGGAGGAGGUUGAGCUGACCCCAGACGCGCUCGCCCUGCUUACCAAGAUUGGCCAAGAAGCUGGCCUGAGGUACGCGAGUAACCUGAUCACCACAUCACAGCUCAUCUGUGCCAAGCGCCGGGCGAAGCAGGUCAGCGUUGAUGAUGUGCAGCGGAGUUUUAAGCUGUUCUACGACCCAGCCAGGAGCAUCAAGUUCGUGGGAGAGUCGGAGAAGCGGCUGAUCGGAAACGAUGGUGUUGUUGACUUUUCUGUCGCCAAUGGACAUGGCGAGCAAAUGGACACCACGUAG